UGCGGGAAGUUCUGUGCGGUGGCCGCCAUGAUGGAGCCAGCAGUCCUGUGUCUGUUGUUGCUGUCUGCUGCCUGUUCGGCUGAGGUGCUCUUCCAGAACGAACGGCUUACUGUCAGCGCGGACUCCAGUGGGCGGCUCAGCUUUGACUACACGAAAACAGAUGGAUCUGUGGCGCUGCACAGCUGGACCGACGCAGCUCUGGGGUCUGAAGUCGAGCUCUGCGACGCGCAGGAGUCUGCGCUGUGUCUACAGUGGGGGCAGGAGCAGAGGCUGAUGCUGCUCUUCACCGACGAGGCGUGCGACCACUACACGUGGCCCGCAUCCUCGACAACAGGGCGCUGGGAGACUUGCUUCGACCAGGGCGAUGUCCACUGGUACGGCGGUCCGGAGCAGAAGGUGCAGCACUGGCCCUUCGAAAAGCUAAACUUCACCGAGUACUCGUACGUUACCAAGGAAAAGGACUCCAUGGCGGUCGUCGAGUCUUACUGGCUCCUCUCCAACGGGCUGUACAUAUACGUGGAUAUCAACGUGCCACUGUUUCUGAACCAGGGAAACGGAUCUUUUUGUCUCGUAGCGCAGAACGCCGACCCGUACCCGCCCACAAGGCAGACGCUCCACUUAGGAUAUUACGUGUGCAGAGGCGAAGACGCCAAGCAAGCGCACCUCCAGGCGGUGCAGAAGUUCCUCUGGAAACCCUCGGCGGUCCCCGACGAGCGCAUGGUCCGCCACCCGAUCUGGUCGACCUGGGCCCGAUACAAGCGAGACAUCGACGAGAACAUUGUCAGCGCGUUUGCGGACGAGAUCCUCCAGAACGGCUUCAACAACAGCCAGCUGGAGAUUGACGACUUCUGGGAGACCUGUUACGGCAGCCUCUCGAUCAACACCACCAAGUUCCCCGACAUGAAGAACCUCACCGAUUCGCUGAAACAGAAGGGUUUCCGAGUGACAAUGUGGGUGCAUCCGUUCGUAAAUUUCGACUGCGAACCGUACUUCUCCGAGGCGCUGGCGGCAGGUCACUUGGUGCUCAACACGGACGGCGACCCUGCCACGCAUUGGUGGAACGGCGACGGCGGCCAUGUCGACUUCACCAAGAGCGAGGCCUUCAGAGCGUGGUUCGACCGUCUGCACGCGCUGCAGGCCGCUGCCGGCAUCGAUUCCUUCAAGUUCGACGCCGGCGAGACCAGCUGGCUGCCGCAGCUGCCGGUCCUGUCCGUGAAAGAGGACGUCAACCCCAACCAGUUCACCAGCAUGUACGCCGAGUGGGCGUACGAGGAGUUCGGAGACAUGGUGGAGGUCCGCGUCGGGUAUCGCACGCAGCACUUGCCCGUGUUUGUGCGCAUGCUGGACAAAGACUCAAAGUGGAGCUUCCAGAACGGACUGCCCACGCUGCUGACGACGCUCCUGCAGAUGAACAUGGUCGGCUACCCUUUCGUACUGCCCGACAUGGUAGGUGGCAACGGCUAUAACGAUGACGUCCUCACCAAGGAGCUCUUCAUACGAUGGCUGCAGGCCAACGUCUUCAUGCCCGCCAUACAGUUCUCCUUCGUCCCAUGGGAUUUCGACAAUGAGACGGUGGAGAUCAGCCGGCGCUACACGGCGCUGCACUCACAAUACGCGGACGCCAUCUUGGCUGCCAUGCGGCGCGCGGUCAGCGAGGGGGCGCCGGUGAAUCCCCCGAUCUGGUGGGUCGACCCCGCCGACACCGUCGCGCAGGCCAUCGACUCAGAGUACCUGCUGGGUGAGGACACUCUGGUGGCGCCAGUACUGAGGGAGGGCGCCGUCAGCCGCGACAUCUACCUGCCCAGGGGCAGCUGGAGGGACGAGGCGGACCCGGAGCACCCCGUCAUACAGGGCCCCACCUGGCUCUACGACUACCCGGCGCCACUGGACACUCUGCCCUACUUCACCAGGGUAGACUCUUCGUAGAACUCGCGCAACAUCAAUGUGUACUGAGUAGUCACUAUGAAAUAUAAUACUUCAAAAAAUCUACAAAAA